GGGCCCGGGGCGGGUCACUUGGCCCGGACGGUGCCGGGCGGUACCGGGCGGUACCGGGAUGGGGCUGCCGGCGGCGGUCCGGGAUCGCGUGGCUGCGGUUCACCGGGGCUCGGCGCUGCCCGAACGUCUUCGGCUCUACGACGGCUGGGCCGCCCGCUACGAGCAGGAUGUGGCGGCUCUGGAGUACCGGGCACCGCAUCUCGCUGCCGCCUCGCUCGCCUUCGCCUUCCCCGCGCCGCGUGCGGGGGCGCGGCUGCUCGACGUGGCCUGCGGCACCGGGCUCGUAGCGCGGGAGCUCCACCGGCGCGGGUUCCGAUGCCUGCACGGCGUGGACGGCAGCGCGGGGAUGCUGGAGCGGGCCCGGAGCACCGGGCUCUACCAGGAGUUGCGGCUCUGCGUCCUGGGCAGGGAGCCGCUGCCCGCGCCCGCAGAGCACUACGACGCCGUGACGGUGGUGGGGGCCCUGGGCGAGGGGCAGGUGCCGAGCACGGUGCUGCCGGAGCUGCUGCGCGUCACCAAGCCGGGCGGCUUCCUGUGCCUGACGACGAGGAGCAACUCCUCGAACCUGCGGUACAAGGCAGAGCUGGAGGCGGCGCUGGGGCAGCUGGAGCAGAGCGGAGCCGGGCAGAAGCUGCUGGCCCAGGAAGUGGAGUACUGGGAGAGGGCCACCACCGAGGAGGAGAGCACCCAGGGCACGGGUUACAUCUCCGGGGUGGUCUACAUCUACCAGAAGUGCCCUGUUCCCCACCUCGAGGAGGGCUGAGAGCUAGCAUGGCUCUGGAGGGGGGGUGAGCACUUGACCCUUUAUAAAACUGAACCCAGCGACCCCCUCCUGCAGCAGGGCAGCUGCUGGGGGUGACAGUAUUUUGGGGGAAUUUCCCCAUUCCCUUCCUUGGUUCCUUCUCACUGAGGUCUGGGCUUGGGGGCCCUUGUGUGCUCCUCAGCAUGGGAAGGGUCUCCUGGAUUCACCAGGGUCUCCUGGGCACCGCCUUUAGCUCCGACGCUUAGGUAUUUACCCCAACACUUCAACGUUCACCGUGACAUCUCCCAGACCCACGUGGCUGUUCCGAGGCAUGUCCUGUCUGGGAUGUCUUACCCCACCUCGCCCAUCUCAGCACUCAUGGUCAAAAUCUAGAUCCUUCAUCUCCUACCCGCAGAGUCUUUACCUGGGGACUGCUGGAGGUGAGUCCCCACCUCUGUGUCCUGUGGCCUCCCAUCCUCAUCCUCCCUAGGGACUGACCCAGCCAGAGUCAAAGCAAUGCCAAGGUGUCUUCCAGCUGGAGAGGCUUUCCAAGUGCUACAUCUGCCUUUCAUCCCACAACACCUGCUUCAGUCUCUCAUUUUCUCACAGCUUUGUAGUUAAUGGUCUGGGAGGGGAGAUGAGUUUGGAAGGGAUUUCAGGAGCUGGCAGCUGCUCCCCACCCAGAAGCCACCCAGCACUGCCUGCCCAGCCUGUUCCCCCAGCCCCUUGCUGGGCUGCCUUCACAAUUCCUCCUCUGCUGCUCCCUUGGGAAGUUUUUUACCCAGAUCUCUUGCUGGAAUAUUUGGGGUUUUUUUUUUUUCAUUUUUCCCUUCCCUCAGACCUGUUUCUCCUAAUCCUGUUCCCAUGUUCCUGGAGAACAGGUUGCAUCCUUCCCCUCAGGAGCUGUUCCUCAGUAUGAGGCAAUGGCUGUCCGUCCCUGUUCCUCACCCAGGGCAUCCUACAUCUUCCACGCUCACCCUCACCAUGGCUCUUGUCACCCUUUUCCUUUUCUCCCAUGUUUUGGGGUCCCUGUGCCCAUCAGUAGCUGUCCUAUUGCUGCCUCCCCCUUUGUCUCCAACACUGUCACCUGGGCAGCUGGCAGCUGUGGCUGUCCCCAGCCCUGCAUUUGCCUGUUCAAUAAACCCCUGUCCCCGC